UUCCCUCUCCUCGCUCCCGGAGGGCCUGCGCGGCCAUGGCGCUCGGGCUCCGCGCUUUGCGCGUCCUGCUGGGCGGCUUCUUCGCACUCACGGGGGCAGCCAAGCUUUCGGAGCAGAUCUCGGCUCCCGCGUCCCAGCAGAUGAAAGCCCUGUUUGUGCAGUUCGCUGAGGUGUUCCCGUUGAAGGUGUUCGGCUACCAGCCCGAUCCCAUGAACUACCAAGAGGCUGUGGGCUGGCUGGAACUGCUGGCUGGGCUGCUGCUGGUCCUGGGCCCACCGAUGCUGCGAGAGAUCAGUAACUUGCUUUUGACCCUCCUCAUGAUGGGGGCUAUCUUCACUUUGGCAUCUCUGAAAGAGUCACCAAACACCUACAUCCCACCUAUCAUCUGCCUGGGGCUCCUGCAGCUGCUGGAUAUCUGCCAUCUCUGAGUCCAAAGAAAGAAAGUGGUCAGGCCCACCAGGAAGAAGACUCUUCCAAGUGCAUUCAAGGAAUCCUGGGAGUCGAUGGCCUCUUGCCUCUUCAUGCCAUGUCACUGUCACGGCAGAAACAUGGUGGAACACACAGUCUACCGCCUUGUUACCAGUACGUCCAGGGUUGGCCAGUGUUGAAGUAGACAUCUUAUCUACCUGACCCUGCUUUCUGUCUUGGACAUUUACUGCUCUUUUUUGAGGGAUACGUGUUAAACAUACUAACAUUCCUCAUGUCAUGUGAAAAUAGAAAAUAAACAGAAAAGCAACUUAAAUCACCCCAAAUUUUAAUGCACCAAAAUAACUACUAUUAAUUCCUUUUAAUAACUGUACCAUUCAACUUUUUCUAUGCCUUUAUACAGAUAUUUCUUAAUGAAAAUGAGACAAUAUAAAUUAUUACCUGCUUUUUAAAACUCAUAUACUGUAAGACCA